CCGGGUUGGCCGCGGAGGGCUGGGAGCCAUGGCAGCGCUGGGCUGCGCUGUGGGCCGCAGGUUUCUCCACUUGCAGCACGCUGCAGCCGGCUCUGUGCAGCUCCGCACAGCCGCUCUGCUCUCCGGGGCCCUGGAGCUGCCCCUCAGAGGCCACCUCCCCUUCAAGCCGGUAGGAAUCAGCCCCGUGUGCCCCUGGACCCACCAGCAGAUCCGCACCAAAGCCCGAGGCAACGAAUAUCAGCCCAACAACCGGAAGCGCAAACGGACCCACGGCUGGAUCAAGCGCAUCAGCACACCGGCAGGCAUCGAGGUCAUCCUGCGCCGCAUGCUGAAGGGCAGGAAGUCUCUGACCCACUGAGGGCUCUGCUUGUGAGGCAAGCCUGAAGCUUUGGAGUGACCCGAAUGGAGCACCCGUGCAGAGGGAGGCUGCACACAUAUGUCUGUCAUGGGUCGGGAGAGUGUUAGAAGUCAUGCUGGGGCGAGGGGAGGCUUCAGAGGUGUUGGUUUAAUGCCUUUGUUAUUAAUGAUAUUCUUAGUGUCCCUUUGUAUGUGUGAUUCAAAGAGAAACUGCUGAAAACACGAGCUAAAUACAGUCCAGCGCUAACUGAACGCGAAACUUCA